UACACAAAUACAUACGGAAGCACGUCAUCAGCACUGCCCUCAACCAAGCCCACCCCAACAUGAUUUUCCUUUUCUUCAUACCAAUAAAUACUCCAAACGGUCCAUCAGCUUGUGCAGUUGCAGCCUGAUCAGAUAACCUGUCCACCAGCCUGUCCUUCCUUCAAAAUGUCCACCAAGGUCCUGUCCUUCACUCUCCUCCUGCUCUGUCUGUGCUUCCAGGACUCUGCACAAAACCGUCGCCAUCCUGGCAAAAAGUUGCCAUGCUGCAUGGUGACCUACAGCAAGGAUAUCAGCAGUGAGGUGACUGGGAACAAAUAUGAACAACAACAUUCCAAAAAUCAAUGUGUGGAGGCUAUAAUUUUCGCCACACCUAGCGGAACAGUCUGUGUUGAUCCCAAAGCUGAAUGGGUCAAGAAACUCACUGCCAAAAUGACAAAGCUGUGAAGCAUCGUCGCCUGUCUGAGCUAAACAUUUUCCUGCUGAUAUUUGAAAAAGCCCACACACUGUGCC